GACGAUUGCCUCCUUCCUAAGGAACCAGGCUUCUGCAAAGCGUUUUUCCAGCGAUAUUACUUUGAUAAAUCCAGCGGUCAGUGCAAGAGGUUCAUCUACGGUGGUUGUCAGGGAAACGGAAAUAACUUUCUCACAAAGCAGGAAUGUGAGAAAAGAUGUAAGUAAUCAAGAAAAAUCCCUAUUUCGACGCGAGCUGUAUAUUUGUGGCACUUACAUGCAUGACGGGAGUAUUAACGGAGAAACGAAGCAAUCUUGGUGGAAGUUUUGGCGAUGAUAGCAUUUAUUUAGUAAUCUAUCUUUUUUUCUGUCCAUUCAAGGUACAUGCUUUUUCCCUAAGGAAACUGGACCGUGUAAAGCCAAGAUCAGUAGAUAUUACUACAACCACCGCACCGAAAAAUGCGAAAAGUUCUAUUACGGAGGUUGCAUGGGAAACGUAAACAACUUUAAAAGAAUUCGACAAUGUGACAAAACCUGCCCUUGUAAGUAAUUCAAGAUAAUUUUGAUAUCGUCAACUUAGUUGAUAAUGUAAAUUUGCCACAGUAAAGAGUUUCAAAGCUGAUGCUCUCAAAGCUUCAGAACAAAUGAUUGCUUGUAGAUAAUUGUCUGGUUGUACGAAAACCGUCCUUAAAUGAGCCUCGAUGUAAUAACUGUUAUAAUCGGUACAAGCCACACGUACAACAACAACAAAAAAAAUAUAUAGAUAAUAUAAAGGCCAAAAUCAUGCGUUUCAAUAGAAAGCCAUAAUUAAUUUUGCCUUGCGUUUGUUAGCCUCGUCAUGGUACAUGUAGAUUUUGUUGUCAUUUUGUUUGUUCAGCUGUUAAACCAAAGUCAAUUUGCCACCAGCCGAAAAAAGUAGGACCAUGCAGGGCCCGGAUCCCUCGAUAUUUCUACAACAAACGUACUAAAAGAUGUAAGAAGUUUUAUUAUGGUGGAUGUCGGGGUAACCAGAACAAUUUCAAGAAACUUAAUGAGUGCAGGAGCGUUUGUGUCUGUAAGUUU